AUGGGCGAAUGGAGCAAUGGCAUCUGUGGCUGCUUCAGCAACAUUGGCAUGUGUAUCUUCACUUAUGUUCUACCAUGCUGGACCCAAGGAAAGUUGGCCGAAUCUUUGGGAGAUGACUGCCUCCUCUGUGGAAUAGCUCUGCUUGUUCCCUUCGUCAACAUCUACGCCCGUCUCACCACCCGCGGGAAAGUACGAGCAAACAAGGGCAUAGAAGGGGGCCUUCUUGGCGAUUUGCUCUGUGUUUGCUGCUGUCCAUUCUGUGCCCUCAUGCAAGAAAGCUUGGAGAUGUCUGUUUCAACCCCUCUGGGAGCUGGAGAAUCUAUUGCCCGCUCAUAA